CUCAAGGUUGCACAUAUACAGGUAUGCAAAUGAAGGACACAAUGUUCUAAAUGCAGGAGACAUGAAAAAAGCCCUUGAAAGCUAUGGAGGUGUUAAAGGAACAAAUGUUUGUGUUGUUUCUAUUGACCAGGCAUCUGAGCCUAAGAUUAAAAGUAAAAUUCCUGGGAUUAGUGUAUUGAACAAUUUUGCUUUCACUGAAAUUGGAAUUGUUGCAAGAAAGGCCUAUCAAGUUGGUUCUGGACAGCUUAUACAAACAUCAGGAAUAUCUGACCAAAACCUUUCUACAGAAAGGGUGUUUAAUCUGGAGGUCCAUGAACCUUUUACAGGUAUUCAAACAGCCGGGAAGGUUUCAUAUCCCAAAACAGCACAACACACAGCAAAUGAACCAUCAGCUAUUCCAGAAGAUGAAACCACCUAUGCAUCUGACAAUCAAAAUGUAAACUUUUUCUGUUGUCCUGAUAUAUCCUGUAACAAAACUUUUGCUAGAGCAACAAAUCUGGAAAAGCAUAUUCUUGUCGGAAAUCAUUCAUAUAGAACAAACAAAUCUGGAUUAGAUACUGCAGUUGAAGUAUAUGCUUCUAUUUCUGAAUCUGUUCAGGAUACACAAAUAAAUUUGAUUCAAACCGUGAGUGCAGCUACGCAGUCAAAUGCAACUAGUAAUAUGAUAAAUAAGGGAUGGGCUCUAAAAGGCAAAAGAACAAAUAUUCGGUUUUCACCAAAAGUUAAAUCCUAUUUAAAUGAGAUAUGUUUUAAUUGUGAGAAAACUGGGAAACGGCCAAAUUAUUUUGCUCUGUCAGAUGAACUCAGAAAAUCAUGUGAUGAAAACGGAGAAAGAUUGUUCAAGAUGGAGGAAUGGCUGAAUCCUACGCAAAUUAAAGGCUACUUUGCAACACUAGUGACUAAACUAAAAUCAGGAACUAUAAGUUCUAAUUCUAUAACUGAUAAUAGUGCUGUUGUUCAGUCCAUUUAA